AAAGAUUCAUGCAAUAUGAAGGGAUGAAAUGCAUAACGUAGUUUUUAUUAUGUACAUAUGUUGUUGCUAGUGUAAGUGGAGGAAAACUUAUAUUGAUGCACGUUUUCUUCAAUAAAAUCCUGACUUCAAAGAAUGCAUAAAAUAUAAAUCGUUAAAAAUCCUUCAUUUUUGAAUUUUAAGAAACACGGAUCUGAAUCGGUACUAUUUUGAUGAAAUGUUUUCUGAAAUUACGGAUUGAUGAAGAGAACGGAAAUGCAUCUCUUGGGAUUUUCAAGAGGUUGUUACGUAUUAUGUUAACCUUUGGUGAAGGUUUUGUUUUUAAGAUGACAAGUAUUGCUUACAGCUUUAUGAACAAUAAAAGUACUGGAUAUAACAAUGAUAGUGAAAAUAGCAGACGGUGUACAGAAGUUUUUACCGGAAGUAAGAAUCGUAGUGUUAGCGUUAGUGACGUCACAUCAAGAGGUGGGACAUACCCAAAACAACAUAGAAGGAGAUCAUCAAAAAAUCGACGGCAUCCAAUAAAAGCAAAAGUACAGAUCUGUGUACAAUUUUUCAAAGUUGGUGAGAUUGACACUUUAAAGGAGCAAUUUACGGCAGACGUUAUCGUAAAAGCAAAAUGGCGGGAACCUACACUAGACGGUCAAAACAAGUCGGCAGAAAAUGUAGAUUUUUCCAAAAUCUGGAAUCCGAAACUGUAUAUAGAAAAUUCAUACGGCGACCCUAAAGAGCAGAUGCGGUAUCGUAUAUUGUAUAAUGAUAAAGGGGAUGCAUAUAUAUCAGAGAAAAGGGUCAUCAAGGGAACAUUCAUGGAAAAUCUGGAAUUGGACGACUUUCCUUUUGACGUGCAGGAUCUGACUGUGACGGUAGUGUCCGAGUUACCAUCGUACGAAGUGGAAUUAAUAGAAGAUGAAACUGACCACCACGUGGUAAAUAGACAAUCAUUUGUUGAUGAACAAGAGUGGUUUUUAUACAUGCACACUGAGUGUUCUCGGAAAGAUAUAGUGAUAGAUCAGGCGGACAAUAGUAUAAGACGAUCUGCUCUAUCAGUUAAGUGUAGAGCCGCUCGAAGACCGGGUUAUUUUGUGUGGAAUAUAUUUAUGGUAACGUUCCUGAUAUGUACCUUAUCCUUCGCAACAUUCUCAGUGGAAAAAGAAAAGCCAGAAAAUCGGCUGCAGCUUUCGUUUACUCUUAUACUGACCGCAGUAGCAUUCAAGUCAGUGGUAAACAACAGUUUACCUAGAAUAUCUUAUUUGACAUAUAUGGAUAAAUAUUUGUUGGCAGCUAUGAUAAUGUUGACAGUAGUGUGUUGUUGGCAUGCUAUUGUGACAACAUUACCAGAUGCGUCACGUGACAUUGUUGAAAUUUACGUUCUGUCAAUCCUGGCUGUGAUAUACUUUAUUUAUAAUAUUGGAUUUUUAAUUAUGAUAUAUUUAUUUCCAUGGCGAAAGCGACGGACUAUGGUACAAAAAGAUAGGGAUUACAGGGAAGGGCUUCUAUUUAACUCCAAAUUUUGAAUGGCAAUGGCGAUGUCAUUUGUACACAAUAUGAUUAACUCAGAGGAUACAAUGAACCAAGAAAUAGAAGAUGACCUACUUCAAAUUAGUCGUCAAAUCGAGAAAUUGAUGACAAUGCUUUUCUGGAUCUGAUGAUGACUUCAAACUAACUAUCACCAACAACGAAUGAAUGGUCGUCAAGCUUUGGAACAAUUGUGGAGUCAAAAUUUGAGGUUAAUUUCUGAUCCAUAUACCAGUCAAACCGUAAUAUAUAUACCGUUUCCAGUUCAAAGCAGAUUUAUAUGUACCGAUUCCAGUUCAAACAAGAUCAACAUACAAAAUCCAGUUAAAACCAGAUUUAUGUACCGAUUCCAGUUUAAACCAGAUCAACAUACCAAAUCCAGUUAAACCAUGAUCUUUAUAUCGAGUCAAGUUAGUAUCAGAUAUCGAAACCGGUUCCUGUUAAAAAAAAGACUAAUAUACCGAUUGUAGUUAACACCAGUUCAGUAUACCAAUUCAAGAUCUUUUUUUAGUUUGGUUAAAACCAGUUAUAUAUACAGAAUUAAUUUAAAACCAGUACUCCUUAAUAUCAAUAUCUUAUAUAUUUUCUUAAUAAUAAUGUCCAACCAACUUCUUUUUAAACAAGUUUGUAAUAAUGUAUAAUAUUGGCACGAGUUCAGCAAAAUUGGAUUAAGUGUUAUUUUUUUUUUUAAAUAUAAUCGAAUCUUAAAAUGGUAGAAGAGAAUCUAAAAACAAUUUUAAUCGUAUUAACUAUUGUAAAAAAAACAUUAUUGUUGUCAAUAUAUUGUUAAUGUAAUGGACCAUUUCAGAGAUAUUGUUAUGAAUUUCUGACUUGGUCUUUUAUGCGUCAAAAGAUCUAAUAAAUUCAAUCUUAUUCUU